CGCGGUGCAGUGACAAGCCGAGAUACCUAGGAGAUGGGAAAAUCAAUUUCGGCUUCGGACCUUUUUUGUGCGCGUGAUUGAAAAAGGAAGUUAUCUUAUCGUUGUUCAACACUUGGAAAGAAAGAAACUUGUCGUUGGUGGCAGGUCAAGAGUCAAAGUUCAGCUGGGCCACUAGGCCGAUCACCAUUUUCUUACUUCAAGUUCCGUGUCCAAGUGUACAACUCACUGAGAUCAAUUGGAUCACAUCGGGGGUUUUUCGAGAAAAAAGAAAGUACUUGCACUGCCUGUCACCCAGUGCAUCUCAUCAUACCACUGCCAGUCCAGGACCAAUUUCCUACCAGAGUCUCAGUGAUCGGUCAUCAAACAAAUACCAUAUCAGUAUCAACAUGGUCAAACGCGUGCUUGUCGGCUACGGCAUCGACGUGGACGCCGUGAGUGGUUGGAUCAACACCAAGGACGGCACCCCCGCCAACCCAACAGACGUAUCCCGCGGCAUCUUCGGGGCCACAGUCGGCAUCGACCGCCUGUUGAAAUUAUGGGACAAAUACGGCCUGAAAACGACAUGGUUCGUGCCGGCUCAUUCGGUCGAGAGUUUUCCCGAGCAAAUUGCCAAAGUGAGGGAUGCGGGACACGAAAUUGGUCUCCACGGCUACACGCACGAAUUCGUCUCGACCCUGUCCGAACAACAACAACGCGACGUUCUAUCCAAAUCCAUCGACGUGUUGACCGGGUUUCUCGGUAAAAAACCCAAAGGCUGGACCGCCCCCGCCUGGUCGACCUCCAAGGAAACGAUCCGCCUACUCGAAGAAUUCGGCAUCGAAUACGACCACUCGUUCAUGCACCACGACAGUCAACUGUACUAUGCGCCCGACGGUUCCGAACAAUGGAUUGAAACCGACACGACUAAGGAUGCGCAACACUGGAUGUCGCCCAUGACUGCUUUGAAACCAUCGAAAGUUGUGGAAGUCCCCGCGAAUUGGCAUCUGGAUGACUGGCCGCCGUUCCAGUUGUCGCUGAAACAGGCGUCGACGCAUGGGUUUGUGGAUACGCGGAGCAUUGAGCAGUUGUGGAAGGAUCAGUUUACGUAUUUGUAUCGCGAGUAUGAGACGUUUGUGUUUCCGAUGAGUAUUCAUCCGCAGGUUAGUGGGAAGCCGCAGGUUGUGUUGAUGCAUGAGAGGUUGAUUGAGUGGAUUAAUGGGCAUGAGGGGGUCGAGUGGGUUACGAUGGAGACGAUGGUGAGGGAGUUUAAGGAGGGGAGGUUGGGAGGUGUCGAGGUCAAGGGUGGGAAGGGGGAGUGAGUGAGAUGGGAAGAAACAAAGAGGGAGGAGAAGGAGUGGAGUACGAGCAUCUCGAACAGUGUGUCAGUGUUAUGGAGAAACGAAGGACCAGGCUCAGAAUCACCAUGUGAGCACGGCAGGGGUAGCAGGGCUGUUCAGCUGCUGUUGGUUUGUGUGCUACAGUUUCUGUACAUAUCAGAAGAGCUGAGCAGGUUCAUCUCGAUCUGAGGGUACUUGUAUUCCGGGGGGGCGAUGCCUUUGCGCCGGAUGGCUUGGACAGUGAAUACUAGAGCAUGUGUAGUGUCGUAAAGCAAUGGAAUAGAGUUGACGGAGAGUCGGACAAUUGUGAAAAGUUGAAAACACCCGCUGGGAAAAGGAUGCACCUGGCACAGUAUCUUUGCUCUUUGGCACUGCUGGAAUCAGAUGAAACAGAAUUAACUAAUACCAGGUAGACUGCUAGACAGAGCGAGAAGCAAAUUCAUUUCUUGUCCG